CCAUUUUUUCCUCGCCACCAGCCGCCACCGCGCGCCGAGCGGCCGCCGGAGCCCGAGCUGACGCCGCCUUGGCACCCCUCCUGGAGUUACAAACUAAGGCCGGGGCCCGCGGCGCUCGGCGCGCAGGCAGCCCAGCUCCCUACGUUCAUUUCCGCGUGUUUUCAAAGAAGACAGAGGCACUGGGUUGGGCUUCAUUUUUUUCCUCCCCAUCCCCAGUUUCUUUCCCUUUUUAAAAAUAAUAAUUAUACCAAUAAUUAAAGCCAAUUCCCUCCUCCCCUCCCCCAGUCCCUUCCCCCAACUCCCCCCUCCCCCGCCCGCCCGGGCUGGGGAGCGCCACAAAUUGACCUAGUGAAGCUACAACUUUGCGACACAAAUUUUGGGGUCUCGAACCAUGUCGCUGACCAACACAAAGACGGGGUUUUCGGUCAAGGACAUCUUAGACCUGCCGGACACCAACGAUGAGGAGGGCUCUGUGGCCGAAGGGCCGGAGGAAGAGAACGAGGGGCCCGAGCCCACUAAGAGGGCCGGGCCGCUGGGGCAGGGAGCCCUAGACGCGGUGCAGAGCCUGCCCCUGAAGAACCCCUUCUACGACAGCAGCGACAACCCAUACACGCGCUGGCUGGCCAGCACCGAGGGCCUCCAGUACUCCCUGCACGGUCUGGCAGCCGGCGCGCCCCCUCAGGACUCAAGCUCCAAGUCCCCGGAACCCUCGGCCGACGAGUCACCGGACAAUGACAAGGAGACCCCGGGCGGCGGGGGGGAUGCUGGCAAGAAACGGAAGCGGCGGGUGCUUUUCUCCAAGGCGCAGACCUAUGAGCUGGAGCGGCGCUUUCGGCAGCAGCGUUACCUGUCCGCGCCAGAGCGCGAGCACCUGGCCAGCCUCAUCCGCCUCACGCCCACGCAGGUCAAGAUCUGGUUCCAGAACCACCGCUACAAGAUGAAGCGCGCCCGGGCGGAGAAAGGUAUGGAGGUGACGCCCCUGCCCUCGCCGCGCCGGGUGGCGGUGCCCGUCUUGGUCAGGGACGGCAAACCAUGCCACGCGCUCAAAGCCCAGGACUUGGCAGCCGCCACCUUCCAGGCAGGCAUCCCCUUUUCGGCCUACAGCGCGCAGUCGCUGCAGCACAUGCAGUACAAUGCCCAGUACAGCUCCGCCAGCACCCCUCAGUACCCGACAGCACACCCCCUGGUCCAGGCCCAGCAGUGGACUUGGUGAGCACCACCCCAACCAGACUCGCGCACCAGGCCCAGGCCCCACCCCGGCGGCGGCGGCGGCGGCGGCGGCGGCGGCGGCGGCGAGGAGGCCUCCGGUCCUCAUGGUGGUUAUCAUUAUUAUUAUUAUAAAUAUUAUUAUGGAGUCGAGUUGACUCUCGGCUCCCUCAGGGAGGCGCCGGGAGGUUGCCUGCGUCUCCUUGGAGUGGCAGAUUCCACCCACCCAGCUCUGCCCAAGCCUCUCCUUCUGAACCUUUGGAGAGGGCUGAACUCUACGCCGUGUUUACAGAACGUUUGCGCAACUUCGCUUCUUUGCCUCUCCCCGGGGGGACCAAACCGUCCCAGCGUUCAUGUCGCCACUUGAAAACCAGAAAAAGACCGAUCCCCCACCCCUGCUUUCGUGAAUUUUGUAAAAUAUGUUUGUGUGAGUAGAGAUAUUGUCAGCUGUCUUCUAAAGCAAGUGGAGAACACUUUAAAAAUAUAGAGAAUUACUUCCUUUUUU